GCAUCAGUCGUCGUCGUCGCGUUGUUCUUGCCGCCUGCUCACUGUAUCAUCGUCUCCAUAGUCUCCAUAGUCUCCAUAGAGAGAGAGUCCCAGUCGAGAUCGGAAUCGGAUUCGUAUCGGUCCAGACAUCGUAGCAGACAUUCGCCUGGUGAUUUGUGCUUGUGACUCUUCCUGUUCCCUGGGACAGGAUGCUCGUUUGAAUCUCUCACAAUCCAAUCUUGAUUGAGGAGUCGAGUGUUCGGCAGCGAAGAUGCUUCAUCUGCAUAUGCUUUGGUUUCUAUGCGCACUCCUGGGAUACUUUGCAGAUCCGGCGAGUGCUGAAAUCGAAUACAAUACCAUCAACGAGGAUGGAUCUUUUCAGUUUCGACAUGCAAAUGAUGACAUUGGGGGCUACUAUCACAGCGCCUCGGGCACUCCAGACAACACGGUGCGAGGUCGUUAUGGUUCGCGUAGUCCAGCGAGCGGCCAGAUCGAAGAGACCGUCUAUACGGCCGGACCACGUGGAUUUCGCGUGAAUGGACCGAAGAUUCAUCGGAAAAUGGAUUUGGCCCAGUAUCCGGUUCGGCCCCGGGGUAGCCCAGACGAUCCCCUUGCCGACCCGUUCGAUGAUCCCUCGUACAGCUUCAGCUUCCGCACUCCGGACCAGUCGCGGAGCGAGGAGAAUGAUUCCGGAAAUAGGAUCAGGGGUCUCUAUUCCUACCUGGAUGAUGUGGGUGAGCGUCAUAGUGUGCGCUAUGCCGCUGGAGCCGGCACUGGGUUCGAGAUCUCCAAUGCCGUGCCCGACAACCCCUCCAGCGUGGCCUACUCCAGUCCCCUGUACAAGGCCCCGCCCAGGACUCGCGGCAAGAUGUCCGUGCAAAGGGGCCCAGCGGGUAGCUACAAGCUGAUUGCCGCCGGACCGGAUCACCGUCGUGCGGAGAGUCGUGCCCCGGAUGGCCUGGUGCGCGGCACCUACUCCUUCCUCGACGACAAGGGCGUGCAGCGGACGGUGGAGUAUAUCGCAGGUGCGGGCAUUGGCUAUCGGGUGGUGCACAAUCGCAUUGGUCCGGGCACGCACAUAAAUCCCUCGGUGGCUGAUUUCCGGCUGGCGGACACGGACUUCCGGUUGGCCAAUGACUUUGGAAGGGGUGCAGGUGGGGGAUUGGGUGUGGCUACUGGUAGUGCUUCCGGUGGGAGUGGCUCUGUGCCAAGUGGAGCAGGAGUGGGCGGUGGCAGAGGACGUGCUGGUAGCCGAACAGGUGCCACAGAUUAUCUGAAACCCAGUGGAGGAAACAGGGGGGGAGGAGGAGCAGGAGUCAGAGAUGAGGGGGAGGCUGCCGAUGGAGAUGGAGCAGCGGAGAACAAUCUGGGACUCGAUGAUAAUGGUGGUGGCAAUCAGGAUGAUGAUAUCGGUCUCAGCAGCAGCUCCAGUGGUUCCAGCUCUUUCAGGGGUAAAGAAGAUCGUCGGGGGUAUCCAGCAGGAAGCUCCCAAAGAGGCAGCACCAGAUACGAUGCAGAAAGAGGAGGAGCAGUGGGAGGCGCAGGUGGAAGAGGUGGCACGCGAACAGGCGGUGGUAGCUCAGUGGGAGGUGGUGCCACACGACAGGGGGCCGGUGCUUCCACCCGAAUUAAUGCCAGCGGAACAAGAAAUCGGAAUAGAUUCAGUGGCGGUAGCGGGGGUGGAAGCUCAGAAAGAGGAGGAGGAGGAGGUGGAGGGGGAGGGGGAAGCACACGAAGGGGAGGAUCAGCCUCCAGUGAAGGAGACUCUAGCCUUGGCUAUCUACCACCCACUGGCGGAGGAGGAGGAGGAGGCACUGGCAGUGCCAUCAGCGGCCCUGGCGACAACUACAACCUCAACGACGACGACGUGGGCAGCUCCCUGCCUCCUUUGGUCACUGCCAACCAUCGCAUCCUGGAGAUCGACCGCGACCGGGAGUGGGUGCAGCGGCAUCGCGACUCCACGGUGAUCAAGAACGUGGGCAAGUGGUAUGUGGGCUUGCCGCCGGGGCAGAGUGUGAGGGCCCACGUCCAGAACAUCGACAUUGUUCCGCUGGGCGGACGUGUCGGGCUGUCGCCCUCGGAGGCACUGCGGCAGGACGAGAUCGCCGAUCUGGCUGCCUCCAGGGAGCACUAGAUGAUCAUCCUCC